CACAUGGCAGGAAGUUGCUAUUUUGCCACGAAACAGGAUGUGGGCCACUAUUUGAUCUGGUAGUUAUUACUGGAACUUGCGCCUAUUCCUUGAAGCUAUUCCUGGCAAUUCCUAGUACACGUGAUAAGCGCCCACACUCAACACUCAACACUCAACUCUCCAUCUCCAGUCGAGAUCGACGGCCGUCCUCUCACUCUGCGGCGGAAUCGGCUCCGUGAUAUGCGGCGGAUGGAGUGAGGAGGAGGCCGAUUUCGGAGUCGCCUCGAUACUGGCUCACUGAGCAAGCUAGUCCAAGAAGCUCCCUGAUUCUUGGGCUAGCCAGUGCCAGUUAAACAUAUCUGGCCCUGGCUUGUCUUCCGUGCUGCAUCCGUGCGAGUUAGGCCAUGGAGUGGGGCGGGGAGGAGGAGGACCUAUCACUCUUCGACGCGGACGAUGACGAUUUCCGCGAAGCUGCCGAGGUGCGGCCGGCCCUUAUCUCGUCCCUCGUCCGGCCGCUUGCACUCUCCGCGCAGUCCGCUGCAACUCCCGCCGCAACUCGCACCGCGAGUUCCGACGAGGAUCCCACUUGGGAGGUUUCCGAACCAGCCGUACCGUCAGAGUCGGAGGCUACCCCUGGCGCUGCUACAAAGCUGAUUGUCGUUCCCGAUCCGGUUAGGGAGGCUCGGAUUGGGGAGGUUUGGCAGGGCGGAGCAGGCGGAGGAGAAGCGGAGGGCGAUGGGGGAAGGGUGGGGCAAGGUGGUGCGCGCGGGGAAGAUGGGGAGGGAGGUGGAACCGGGGGAGGUGGAACCGGGGGAGGUGGAACCGGGGGAGGUGGUGAUUCAAGGGAGGUGGAUGGGACGGAUUCUGGUGUUUCUACUAACACGAUUGAGGAAGACUCAGGAGAAGAGGGUAGGGAAGUGGAGGGGAAGGGUCUGUCAAACGAGGGUACUACUAACGAGGGCGUUGUUAACGAGGAUGAGUCAGAACCGGAAACGCCAGGGAAGGAGGGAGAGGAGGGGUCCAAGGAGAGGGAUGAUACGAAUGCAGCGGUAGAGAGGGGUGCAGAGGAGCGUUCAGAGGUGGGUAGGAGCACAGAGGGCGGGAGAAAGAAGAAGAAGAAGGGACGAGGGAGGAAGGCGAGCCAGGCAGCGCAAACUACAGACUCAAGUAACGACUUGGCACGGCCUAAGGAUGCCACUGGCGGAGGUCAAGGUCGUGCUGUGCCACAGACGAAGCCUCCGGAUAUGGUGUCUCAAGAAGUAGCAGCCGGCGACGCAGCAGCCCAAGACGUACUGUCCCGAGAAAUAGUGUGUCAAAACAGAGGAUCGCUAGAGGGCGUAGUGCAACAAGGCGUUGUUUCUGAAAAGGUAUCAUUGCUCGAGCUCGAGCAAGCAAGGGCUGCUUUGGCGCAGGAGAAAGCUGCUAGGGUAGCUGCAGAGGAGGAGGCGAAACGGGCAGAAAGAAAAGCUUCCUGCGCAGCGGAGGAAGCUACCCGGGCGGCGGACGGGCAGAGGCGGGCAGAGGCUGAACGGGCAGAAAUGGAGAAAACAAAAACUGAGAUGCUGAAGAAACUGCGGCAUAUAGUGGAAGAGGCGGUGAAGAGAAAGAAGGUGGCAGAGGAGGAAAAAGCCGCUGCCGAAGGGGCUGCCGCAGCUGCGGUGAAGGAUCGGAACGAGGCUCGGAAGGAGCGGGACGAGGCUCGGGGAGAGAGGGACAGGGCUAUACAGGAGAAAGAGAGAGCAGUUAGAGAAAGAGACGCGGCAGUUGGCAAAAUGGAACGGCUUGUAAAGGAGCGGGAUAUGGUGGUGAGGGAGAGGGAGAGCGCAGUUAAGGAGAUGAGUAGCCAGAUGAGUAAAGAGAGGGAUGCGGUGGUGAAAGAGAGGAAUGUGGCCGUGCAGCAGAGACAGGCGGCUGUGAGGCACUUAGAGGCGUUGGAGGGUUCUGCUGCUUGUGCCGUGGGGAGGCUGGCGAGGGAAGCGCAGCGGAUCGAGCGGAUGUUCGAUGUGAAGUUUGAAGAUGCGAAGGCGGAUGGUGAGAGGACGGAGGAGGGAAGUAGUGGCAGCAGUAGCGGUACUGGUGGUGCUGCUGGGAGCAGUGGUGGGAAUGGUGCUGCUACAGGAGCAGGAGAAGAGGCAGCAGCAGCGGCAGCAGCAGGUGCAGGGGGAGGGGCAGCAGCAGAGAGAAAGGACGACGCGGGAGCGGGUUUUGAAAGUGGAGUGCAGAGGAUCCUCGCCCUAGUAGACCUAGUGGCCAAGUCAGUGCGGCGGCAGCGGGAGGAGAUGGAAGAGAGGGCAGUGGCCGUUGCCAUGGAGGUAUCUCAGCUCGAGGCUAAUGUGGCUGAUGCUAGGAGAGACGUGGAGAGAGCGAGGAAGGAGGGCGAGGAGGAGGUGGAGAGAGCGAGAAAGGAAGGAGGCACGGAUGAGAUUCGGUGGGUGGAGAGACGACUGGAAGAGGCAGAGAGGGCAGAGAGGGAGUGGAGGGGCAGGGAGAGAGCCGCCCAGAAUCGUGCUGUUGGAGCCGAAGCCAGGCUGGCAGGCAAGGAGCGAGAACUGCAGCUAUUGCUGCAAGAUAUGGAUGAGGAGAGGAGGGCGAGGAAGGAGGAGAUGGAAGCGACAAGGCAUGAGCUCCAAGUGGCGGAAGAAGAGUUGCGGAAGGAGAGGGAGGCAGGUGGUAGACUGAGAGAGGCAAUGGAGGAGUUGCAGAAGGAGCUGCUGGGAGCAGGUGAACAGAUCACGUCACUGCAAGCCAGCCUGUCGGAGUGUGAGGCGGAGGCGGGGAGAUGGAGGGAGGCUGCUAAGGAGGAGGCAGCAGCGGGGACAGCAGUGGCGGAGGAGAUGGAAGAAAUGAGAGGGCAGCUCCUCAGCCUGGAAGGGGAGGCUGACAAGUGGCAGAGAGCUGCAGAGGAGGCACAAGCGAUGCUGACGUCACGCGAUGAGCUGGCGGCAGCAGCAGUCGCCGCCCGGGAAGCAGCCGAGCGGUCGCUCCGGGCGGCAGACAGACGGGUGGCGGAGCUGCGCGAGCGAGUGGAGGAGCUGCAGCAGCAGCUAGAGGACGAAACGACCCACCGUGGCGGUGCGAGGGGGGGCGGCUGUGCUGCUGUUGGCCGUGGUGGUCGCUGGGAGGAGGAAGAGGAAGGGCAAGCGGGGAGGUAGGAGGUAGGGGCAUGGAGGAUGACGAAGAAGGAAACGCUUUAGAGCAGCUAAUGGUGCCACUUGUGUAAUACCACAUCAAUAAGGGUAUGUUUGUCCAGCAAUAUUUUGUUGGCGGUAUGGUGUACACUCUACGUUAUGUUACCGUCCUAACCAAAGCAUGCUAGAAGAAUAUAAUGCUCAGCGUUGC